CGGAACGACACGCGACGGAACGAUCGGCAGGCAGCCAGAGCCACCAAACACUACCAUCAAUUCACUUGCCGUUGCCAGUUUGUCGCGCAACUCGUCGGUGUUCAGAAGUUUAGGCUCAAGUUUGAGGUUAACCGAGUAAUAAAUAAAAACCUACGUUAUAACAAGUUUUCCGCUAUCAAUACAAGAAAAAUAAAAAAUUUAAGGUUGGCAUCAUUAAAUUUAUAUUUAAAGCCUAAAGUGCGAAUUUAAUUUCAACCUAUUCUCUGGGAUGAUGAAAAAGUGCCCCAUAACUCGUGUGAAAGCAUAAAAUCAACCUAAAUACAUAGUUUUAAGGUUUUACCAUAAUGCCAUUAACAAACGCGAGAACAUUAAACUUACUAUAAUUUAUAUACCUAAAUACCAACACAAAUCGGCAACAAAAUAACUCCAAUGUGAUAAUCAAUUAUUUUUGCACAAAAACACAAAAAUUUAAAUUUAAAUCAUAAAUUAAAAAAUGAAAUUCACCAAAAAACUACCGCCAAAUGGCAUCAACAAUAACCGCCAUUCCCUGUCAUCAGCAUCGGAUAUUGCAGCUGACAUUAUGUACCCGCCAAUACAACCUAAAAUCCCACCCGUCCGACCGCGAUCCAGUCUCUCCACCGACGAACAUCAUCGUUUCCGAAAUGAACAAAUUCAUCGACAAAAACGUUCAAAUACAAUAUUCACCCUGAUCGGCUUCUGUGUGUUUUUAUUAGUUUUGGUUGCUUUCUUACUGGGGGCGCUAGUGUAUGUAGGAAGAACAAUUGCUGCAACAGGUAAUAUGUCAAAUAUGACAUUUCCCUAUGAACUGUCUGAUGAACAAAAACAAAACGGCAAUCAUUUUUUGUUAUCUGACGAAAAAUAUUCCAUCGAUUCUGUGAUAAAUCAACAAAAAACAAAACCAAUUUUAUUAUUUCCUACAAGUAAACUUGAUAAAAAUAGUUUAGAGAGCAAUUAUAAACGAAUGACAACGAUGCCUAAAUUAAAUGCGAAUAUUUUGUCAACAUCUAAAGUACUCAAUCAAUUGGGUUAUCGUCUGCCAAAGGAAAUUCGCCCAAAACACUAUAAUUUGUUUUUGAAUCCUAAUUUGCAAGAGAAAACAUUCUCAGGGAAUAUUACAAUUAAAUUGGAGAUUCUUAAACCAAUUUCAUUUAUUCCGGUUCACGCGAAUAAGCUUGCAGUUGAAACAUUGGAAGUUUUGGCUUUGUCAACUGGCGAAGAAGCACCUCGGCAGAUAAAUCCGUCUUUGACGUUCCAACAUCCUGAAUUGGAAUAUUGGGUGACAGAGUUUGCUGACCCUUUGACAGAAGGAAACUAUUCAUUGAAAUUGAACUUUAAUGGAAGUCUGACUGACCGAAUUGUGGGACUUUAUCAGAGUUCUUACAAGGACAAGGCAACGAAUGAAACUAGAUGGAUGGCGACAUCAAAAUUCGAGCCAACUUAUGCUCGACAGGCGUUCCCUUGUUUCGAUGAGCCAGCAAUGAAGGCAUUCUUUGAAGUAACUUUGGUGCAUCCAACAGCUGGUGGAUAUCAUGCUCUCUCGAAUAUGAAUGAAGUUAAACAAACAGUUAAAGGCAAUGUCACGGAAGUAGUAUUCGCUGAUAGUGUCCAAAUGAGCACUUAUUUGGCUUGUUUUAUUGUUUCUGACUUCCAUCAUAGAAUGAAGAAGAUUAAUGCUACGGUCGGUUCUGACUUUGAUAUGAGAGUGUUUGCCACAGCUGCACAGAUGGAGAAGGCUACUUAUGCAUUGAAUACUGGAGCGACUAUUAUCGAACAUUAUAUUAGUUAUUUCAAUUUGGCUUAUCCUUUGCCAAAGUUGGAUAUGGCUGCUAUUCCUGAUUUUGUAUCUGGUGCAAUGGAACAUUGGGGUUUGGUUACAUUUAGGGAGACUGCAUUGCUUUAUGAUGAGAAUAGCAGCUCGAGUGCAAAUAAGCAGCGUGUGGCAACAGUUAUUGCUCAUGAAUUGGCUCAUAUGUGGUUUGGCAACUUAGUUACCAUGAAAUGGUGGAACGAUUUAUGGCUGAACGAAGGAUUUGCUUCCUAUAUUGAAUACAAAGGUGUCAACAGUGUUCAUCCCGACUGGAAAAUGUUGGAUCAAUUCUUAACCGAUGACUUACACGGUGUGAUGAAAUUAGAUGCAACACUAGCAUCUCAUCCAAUUGUCCAAACAGUUGAAAGUCCCAAUCAAAUUACUGAACUUUUCGACUCCAUUACUUACUCGAAGGGUGCCUCAAUUAUUCGUAUGCUCGAAGGAUUCGUUGGAGAGGAUGUUUUCAAAGAGGCCGUUCACAAUUAUUUGGAUCGCUACCAAUUUAGUAAUGCAGAGACUGAUGACUUCUUUAGUGAAUUCGAGUCUUUCAGUUUAGAUUUCGAUGUCAAGCUUAUAAUGAAAACAUGGACUGUUCAAACGGGUUAUCCAGUUGUUGAUGUUGUCAAAGUUAAUCAAACCCAAUAUAAACUCACCCAAAAACGAUUCUUCUCAAAUCCAGAAGACUACAAUCAAACUCAUUCCGAUUCUGAGUUUAACUAUCGAUGGACUAUACCAAUUACAUACACGACCAGCGCUAAUCCAGUUGUUCAAAAAACAUGGUUCAACUAUGAUGACUCAGAGGUAAUUAUCAAUCUUCCUUCCGCAACUGAUUGGAUUAAGAUAAACAAAGAUCAAGUUGGCUAUUAUCGUGUCAAUUACCCACAAGAAAUCUGGGAACAAAUCAACAAAGCCUUAUUCAAUACUCCCGCCGCAUUUUCGAUUUCCGAUCGUGCUCAUUUACUCAAUGAUGCUUUCACAUUGGCAGACAGCACUCAAUUGUCCUACAAAACUGCCCUCGAUUUGACGAAGUUCCUUCAAAACGAAUUGGAAUAUGUUCCCUGGAAUGUGGCUACAUCGAAACUCUUGUCAAUGAAGAACCUCCUCUACUACACUGAUGUGUUCAAUGACUUUAGGAAAUAUGCCAGAAGAUUGUUGAUUCAGGUUUACGAGAAUGUUGGAUGGGAAGUUGAUGAAAAUAAUCAUUUGAAAAACUUACUCCGUGUUACUAUCUUGGAUGCCGCUUGCUCUUUUGGUCAUGUAAACUGUCUCCAAGAAGUGGGCGCUAGAUUUACAUCUUGGUUAAGCGAUCCAAGCAAUAGGCCAAAACCAGAUCUUCGUAAUGCUAUCUACUUCCAUGGAAUGGCACAAGCAGGUACAGAAGAGACCUGGGAUCAGAUGUGGGAUUUGUUCAAAUAUGAAACAGAUGCCAGUGAGAAGGCUAAACUUAUGCAAGGAUUGUCAGCAAUUAAAGAACCAUGGAUUUUACAAAGAUUUAUUGAAUUAGCUUGGGAUGAAAGUAACGUCCGUGGCCAAGAUUACUUCACUUGUUUGCAAAACAUAGCUCGCAAUCCAGUUGGACAAAGUCUCGUUUGGGAUUAUGUUCGUGAGAAUUGGGAGAAAUUGGUAGAACGCUUUGGAAUCAAUGAACGUUAUUUGGGACGAUUGAUUCCAGCAAUAACAGGUCGUUUCACAACAAAUCAAAAACUAGAAGAAAUGGAAAUUUUCUUUGCUAAAUAUCCAGAAGCAGGAGCUGGCACAGCUGCACGCAAAGAAGCUCUGGAAAAUGUAAAAUACAAUAUAAACUGGUUGAAAGCGAACAAGAACCAAAUUGCCGAAUGGUUGGCAAAUCAGUAAAUAAGUAAAUAAGAGAGUGCAUUUGAACAAAACAACAACAAAAUAUUGAUCUGAAUUUAUUUUUAAAUAGAAAAACAUGUAUAGUAUAUUGUAUUGCAUAAUAAUUUUAAGCUACAUUUUUAGCUUUUAUUUUCUUUGUGCCUAUGAGUUUUAUUUUUUUUUUUUUUUAAUUUUAUUAUUAUUUGAAAUAAAAAAUAUGCGAUGAAUUUUUUAAA